CGUGAGUCGAAGCACGUCAGCGCACGCGUCCGAAGAAAGUCCUCGACCGGAACACUCAUGGCUUUCUAUCGACCGAGACAGCGAAUUCCGUAACGUGUUAUAAAAAAAAAAAAAAAACAAGUCACUGAUAGAAAAGUGACCGGUGCUUUUGAUACGAAAAAAAAAAAAACAAAUUUGGCGUUUCGCGUGUCUAAACGUCAAAAGUUUGAAUUUGGAACCGUGUGAACAUUUCGUGAUCGUGGUUUUACUCGCAUUUAUUGUGGUUUUAGUGUUUUGAUAGAUUCGAUCUUCGCUAUCUGGAUUAUCACGAUGGAUCCAAGGAACCAAAAGCCGAGAGCGCGAUCGCACGUCGCAAAAUGGGACAAGAGCAAUCUUACGUACACGCCAACGGUCCAGUGAGACGUUACAAGAACAAAUACGAAGAUCCUGUGCAAUACAGGAACUCUAUCGACUGCAGGAAAAGCGAAUACGAGAGCAAGGAAUACGAAUACAUACGACAGAAAGCGAGACGGAGCGCCGACAGUUUCAAGAGCGACCACUCCACCGAGAGCAGUGGAUACCGGAGCGGAUCCAGCGCCUGCGAGUGCCGAUCCGAAGUCUCAUCGAAAAGCGGAUACUACGGCACGUCUCUGUACAAAAACGAUCACUACAAAGACGCGAACAAAGACAUUUACAAACCGGUGAAGCUACCAAAAGAGAAACGCUACAGGAAUCAACUUAUCCAACUGCAGAAGGACGAAUUGAAAAGCGCCCGACUAAUGAGUUAUCUGGACGAAAGCGAUAAAGGACAGUUUAAAACUGGGUCAUCGAAAAAGUCCGGCAUAAGGAAUUAUACUCCAAAGAUACUCUCGGAAGAGGAACAAAAGGGCAAAUUGGAUUGGAGUUAGAGUAGAUAGUUCGUAGUUGUAUAUAGU